AUGUCAUUCUAUCACUCUAUCCUUGGCUCUGACACCGACGAAGAGUACAGUGAUUCAGAGAAGGAUAUUGAAAUCAUCGACUCGAAUGUUGAGAUCAUAACGAUCGAGGAUGGCAGCCCAAUCGCCCUCCCUGAAUCUUCGAUUGGCAGAGCAUUUCGUGGCCCGGGGCAGCCAGCUACUUCAGUUCGUGCCAGCCAAAUUCAACUUCCAAACGUGGAGCUAGAUAUAUUUCAACUGGAGGCUGGUAUUGCAAUCAAAGUCGGCGAUACAGUCGAACUCAAAGACAAAGUUGAUAGAAGAGGGGACCGGCUGCAUAGCGGGGCCUUUCUGAGGGUCAAACAUAUCCUCAAGGAUCUAGAGACAGAUGAAGUGAGGCUGCGAGGAUAUCUCCUCUGUCGCACCAAGUACCAUGGGCAAUUUUUCGACUGGAAAAUGAACGAAUUAGUCAUGGUCUUAAGCGUCUUCGAGGAUGAUGAUAGGUCCGCCUUCGUCCAAGGGAUGGAGGAGUUCCCAGUUGAAGAGGUCCUUCGCAAGCGUGAAUGUAUUAUCACGCACAUGUCAUAUCCUGCCAUGAGUUUUCGAGAAGGCCUGCUUCCGAUCCACCUCCAGACAGACCAAGAGAGGAAAGCUCAUAUCUUUCACAAGGGUCGCCUUACUUGCAGAUGGGUCAAUAUCGCAAUCCUCACCGAAACCAAGAGGAACUACUCUGGGGUGAUUCGAGGCAUCUACUCUCGCGAAGCUGACUCGCGCCAGCUACCAGUGCGCAUCCGGGCAAAGGGACACACUCCGAACAUGCCGAUCGAUCUUGAUGAGGAUGACGAACAGGGUGGCGGCCUUAUCAUCGAUCACCCUCAAGAGGCUACGUCCGGAAAGCGACAUCGUGCCACAAAUUCAAUUGAAGAAAUCGGCUCCUUGGGUCACCCAAGCUCUGCCAGGGAAGGCAAUCGGCAUAAGAGAACUACUAGCAUUGAGGAGGUUUCCGCAGACGGACGGCCUGCUCUUCCGUCAAAAUCGAUGAGGUACACUUUUGGAGAUGCCUUCUGCGGUGCCGGUGGUGCAUCCCAAGGAGCUUCCAGCGCUGGCCUGCAUAUUAAGUGGGGUCUUGAUAAAGAUGAGUAUGCUAUACUGGCAUACGGCUCCAAUUUUCCUGGCGCAGCGACUUUCCAGAUCGACGCUCACGAGUUUCCCCGUCCCUGGAUGAAAAAUACCCUAUUGAGAGUAGACGUCCUGCACCUCUCUCCUCCAUGCUGCUAUUGGAGUCCUGCACAUACAAGAGCAGGCCAAAAUGAUCAAGCUAAUUUUGAAACCAUCUAUACCGUUGGGCCGAUCCUCGCCAAAAUCAAACCUAGAGUGGCGACCUUGGAGCAAACCUACGGCCUCGUUACCCAUGGACAGCACAAGAAAAAUUUCCGGCAGUUGAUGAAUGACAUCGGGCGGGCGGGGUAUGAUAUUCGCUACAAGAUCCAAGACCUGUCCGAAUUUGGGCUCCCGCAGCGUCGCAAGCGCCUUUUGAUAAUUGCUGCGAGACGUGGCACACCCCUCCCGCCCUUCCCUAAGCCAACCCACGGGCCCGCCGGCAGCGGAUUGCAACGGUUCAAAUCCGUCCACGAUGCCUUAGAGCCCCUCCGACAUCUCCGUCGGCGCACUCGAGACGAUGACUACCACAUGCCCGAAGACAUGAAAACGCUCCACAAAACUCCCUACAACCCAGAGACCUCUUUCCUAAAAGGCUGCGUAACCGCCGGUGGCGGCGAAAACCACCACUACUCUGGUACCCGGAAAUACACCACACGCGAGAUGUCGCUUUUCCAGAGUUUCCCAUACAGCUACAUCUUCACCGGCAGCCAUGGCGAGGCCAUGAAGCAGGUCGGUAAUGCCUUCCCCCCGGUCAUGGCAGAAGCAAUGUACAAGAUCAUCGCGCAAACGCUGGAGGCUUUUGACCAUGGGAUGAUCGGCCCAGAUGACGAAAUCCAUGACCUUGACGCUUUCUUGGAGGAGCGGGGCAUCAAACUCCCUAAAUCCCCAUCUCCAUCUCAUCCUCUACUCGGCACCCCACUCAAUCCUAAAGCCCUUCACUCUCCAUAUCGCUAUCUUGCCGCUGCAAGCUCAGGCACUGGAACCCCUUCAAGGACGCCAACCAAGAAAUUGUCGCUUUGGAGAUGCAAUAACGACAUUGAUCCGAUUGCGCCGAAUACCGAGAGGAGGCCUGCUCCUACGCCAUUAAUUUGGGGGAAUUGGAGUAGGAAUGGGAGAGAAGCCCUAGGGCACUCGUUGCAUGUCCAUCCGAAGCGGAGACAUAUGAUGGAUAAAGAGAGAGCAGAGAGAGCGGAGGAACCGGAAGCUAAUGGAGAGAUUAUCGAGUUGGACUAG